AUGAAACCUCAAGACAAAGCAUCAAGCAGUUGUGCCCAUCGAAAGUUACAAGAGCUUCCUUUUGUCAAGAAGUUGAACACAAGCAAGUACAGAUCAUUAAAAGAAAGCACCUUGGCCGCUAUCAAUUCCGACAAGACCUUGGAAAUAACAAGCAAGCUUAGAAAUAGUGAUAAAAAGGAUAUUGAUGCUGUUCAAGCCUUUAUCAAAACAGUACAAGCAAGGAUUCAAGACAAAACUUUCAUCCCUUUCAAAUACACUGACCUUCGAGGAUCAGGAUACUUUUCUUUACUUCCCUUGUACAAGAUUGAUUCUCAAGCUUUUUGGAGACUUGCCAAGCAAUGUGACAGCAAGAUCAAACCAGGUUAA